CUUCAAUUCUGUAUGUUACUACUACUACUACUACUACUACUACUACUACUACUACUACUACUACUACUACUACUACUACUACUACUACUACUACUACUACUACUACUACUACUACUACUACUACUACUACUACUACUACUACUACUACUACUACUACUACUACUACUACUACUACUACUACUACUACUACUACUACUACUACUACUACUACUACUACUACUACUACUACUACUACUACUACUACUACUACUACUACUACUACUACUACUACUACUACUACUACUGCUACUACUACUACUACUACUACUACUACUACUACUACUACUACUACUACUACUACUACUACUACUACUACUACUACUACUACUACUACUACUACUACUACUACUACUACUACUACUACUACUACUACUACUACUACUACUACUACUACUACUACUACUACUACUACUACUACUACUACUACUACUACUACUACUACUACUACUACUACUACUACUACUACUACUACUACUACUACUACUACUACUACUACUACUACUACUACUACUACUACUACUACUACUACUACUACUACUACUACUACUACUACUACUACUACUACUACUACUACUACUACUACUACUACUACUACUACUACUACUACUACUACUACUACUACUACUACUACUACUACUACUACUACUACUACUACUACUACUACUACUUGUAUUUCAUGA